AUGAAUUGUGGGCUCCAUCAAAACGACAAAAAGCGACGUCAUAGAAAGAGGGAAAAAAAAAAGAGAGAAUUCAUAAAAUCAUUAAGGGUUUUACAAGAUAUGUACAAAACAAAUCGUCGUAAUAAAAUAAAAGGAAAUAAAAAUGCGUCAAUAAUUAAAUAUAUAAAGUGUCUAGGAAAUAUUAAAAAAGUUAAUAACGAUAUUUUUAAAAUAACAAAAAGGCUCACAAUACACACAAAAAAAUACAACUUAACAAAUCAACAAAUUAAAAAAAAUAAAAUAAUUAUUCAAAGAAAUAUUAUUCAAACCAAAAUUUUUAAUAAUGCUUCUGUUCAUAAACAACAGCACAGAAAAAUGAAAGAAAGUAAGUUUAUGGAUAUUGCCUAUAGAAAAAAAAAUGAAAUCAAAAAAAAUGAAAUCAAAAGAAAUGAAAGCGAAAGAAAUGUAAUCGAAAGAAAUGAAAGCGAAAGAAAUGUAAGCAAAAAAAAUGUAAGCAAAAAAAAUGUAAGCAAAAAAAAUGUAAGCAAAAAAAAUGAGAGCAAAAACAAUUUCCCUUUCCAGGAUGUAUCAAACAACAUGAACAUUUCAGAAGAAAAAAAUUUAAUAAAAUAUAACACUCUUAUGGAUAUACCUGUAGAACUUCUCAAAAAUAAAAAUUAUGAUAAUAAUAUGAAGAAAAAUACACAUCAUGAUAAUAGUAAUGCACAAAAUGAAAAUGGAAAUACAAGAAAUUAUAGUAAUGGUUAUAUUAAUAAUGAAAUGGAUUAUUACAACAAUAAUUCUGGAAACAAUUUUAAUCUCACAAAAAGUAAUAACAACAGGAACGACUUUGGAGGGGAGGAUAGUGAUAGUAGUCAUAAUAAGAACAACGAAGAAUAUUCAUAUGAUGAAAGUGAGGAAGAGGAAAAGAAAAAUGAAAAGGAAAAGAAAAAGAAAAAGGAAAAAGAAAAGGAAAAGGAAAAGGAAAAGGAAAAGGAAAGAGAAAAGGAAAAAGAAAAGGAAAGAGAAAAGGAAAGAGAAAAGGAAAGAGAAAAGGAAAGAGAAAAGGAAAGAGAAAAGGAAAGAGAAAAGGAAAGAGAAAAGGAAAGAGAAAAACAAAAUAAUGAUAAUAUACAAAACGAAAAUUAUUCUAAUAAACCAAAUAUAUCUGAUCAUACAUUUAAACCAAAAAUUGAGAAAGAAAAUAUGAAAGAAGAUGAACAGAUGCAAAAGAUACAUUUGAAUGAUGAUAAUAAUUAUAAUACAUCUAAUAAUUAUUUUAAUAAAAUUCAUCAUACUAAUAAUAGCCAUAUUAAUAACGAUAAUCCAAAUUUACAAAACCAUAUUAUCAAACCUAACAAUAUUAUUAAUACGUUUAACAACAAUCUUGUUGAAAAUAAUAAUAUACAAAAUACAAAUGAUCUUGAAACUAACGAUACGUGCAAAAGCUUCAAAUCAAUCAAAUCCAUGUAUACCGAUAUGGAUUAUGCAAAUAAAUAUAAUUAUUGUCACCAAAAAAAAACAACACAUGAUACCACUUCAAGUUUUAACGAUAACGAAUCAGUGAUAUUCAAUAUGGUUAAUAAUGAACUCUCAUGUUUUUAUCCAAACAAUGCAGACGUUUUUCAUUUUUUAAGUAGUAAAGAAAAAGAAAUAGACGAUGGACUUUCAAGAGAAGGAGAAGGAGACCAACACGAAGAAGAAAUAAACCAAAUUUAUGAAGAUGACGAAGAAAUAAACCAACCCUAUGAUGAUGACGAAGAAAUAAACCAAAUUUAUGAAGAUGACGAAGAAAUAAACCAACCCUAUGAUGAUGACGAAGAAAUAAACCAACUUUAUGACGAUCACGAACAAAUAAACCAACUUUAUGAAAAUGACGAACAAAUAAACCAACCCUAUGAUGAUAACGAAGAAAUAAACCAACCCUAUGAUGAUGACGAAGAAAUAAACCAACUUUAUGACGAUCACGAAGAAAUAAACCAACCCUAUGAUGAUGACGAAGAAAUAAACCAACUUUAUGAUAAUGACGAACAAAUAAACCAACCCUAUGAUGAUGACGAAGAAAUAAACCAACCCUAUGACGAUGACGAAGAACAACAAAACAAAAUAAAUAAUAACACAAAUGAUGAUCAUGUACACAAUGUUCAGCUCAAAUGUGCUCACGCAAAUAAAAAGAUUCUAAAUAUCGAUAGAUCAUUGAGGAAGGAACAAAAUACAUAUCAUGCGAAUAAGAUACAUAUGUAUAAUAAGAACCAUAAAAAUAAUAUCAAAACAAAACAUGAUGAAGAAUCGUGUAGCGAGACAUAUAAUAGUCCAAUAAAUAAUGCCCCCCAAAGGAUGAUAGAAGGUAAUCAAUCAAACAAAUAUAAGAACGUCGUUCUUAAGAAAACUAGUAUAAGCGAUGUCGAGGAUAGGUUCUCAUAUUACCAUUCGAGCUCUGAGUCUGUGUAUGAAGAUUAUGUUUGUAAUAAUAAAAUUGAUGCAUAUAAUAAUACUAUUGACAUAUCCGAACAUACUGAAGAAAAUAAUAUAUUUGUAUAUAAGGAAGAAAAUAUGUUCUUUCUAAAAAGAAAAUCGGAUAUGGAAGAGGUGGGGAAUAACAAUGAUGAUAUUAUAUAUCAUAUAAACACCAUAAAAGAUGAGAAAAAGAACAGAAUAAAAGUAGCAAUAGUUGGAGCAGGUAUGGCUGGUUUGUCUGCUGCAUAUAUAUUAAAAAAUAAUGAUAUCGAUGUAACAAUAUAUGAAGCACGUAAUCGAAUAGGUGGGAAGUUUUUUUUUUCUACGAGAACGGAUAAAAGUUAUAUUGGUCAAGUGGAUUUGUUUAUACAUCGAAAAAAUCCUUUAAUUAAUUUUUGUUUAAGGAAAAAUAUAUAUUGUGAUAAUAUAAAUAAACAUUUAUAUAGACAAUAUAUAUAUUAUAAGGAUAAGAAGAUUUAUAAAUAUGAACUUCGAAAUGAAUUUUUUAGAGUUAUUAAAAAAUUAAGAUAUUCAUAUGAACAUUUAUUUAAUAUGAAACAUAUAAAUAAUAAUGUAAAAAAUAAAAAGAAACUAAUCUAUACAUCAUUAGGUGAAGCAAUUAAUUAUGAAAUUAAAAAAAUGAAAAAAGAUAAUAAUUUUAAAUAUAUAUAUUUACAAUUAUAUAUGUAUUUUAUCGAAACAUAUUUAGGUAUAGAUAUAUAUUCCGUAUCGAUACAAUAUAUUUUUUAUAACAUAAGUUUUUUAGAUAUAUAUAAAAAUAUUUGUUGUCCUCUUGAAUUAAAUCAAAUCAUUAAAACGUUAAAAGAAAAUGUUCACAUACACAAAAAUAAAAUUGUUAAUAAAAUAUAUUCUUAUCAUGAUCAUAUCAAAUUAUCUUUUCAAAAUCAAGUCGAUUCUAAAGUAUAUGAUUACUGUAUCGUAACCGUUCCUAUAGGGGUUUUAAAGGACAGCGUUCGUUUUUUUAAUUCAAAAAAGAAUAAGCGGAAAAAGGGUACCAAUAUAAACAGGAAUCAAAAUCAAAAUCAAAAUAAAAAUAAAAAUAACAACAUAUAUGUGAAAAAAAUUAAAAAGAAAAAAAUCAAUAAAAAUAAAAUUAUGGAAAAUAAUAAUACCAAUGUAAAUAAUAACAAUACGAAUGUAGGAAAUACAAACAAAAUUAUAAAAAACAAUGAACAAUUAUUUUUUAAAACAAAUACAGCCUAUAUCAAUAAUUCAGACAACAUAAGUAAUUAUUUAUUAGAUAAUAUCGAAUUAACAACACAUGAAAAAGAAACUCAUAAUUUGAAUAAAAAAGAUUUGUCUUAUAAAAAACAUGAAAAUGGUAUCGAAAAAGAUAAACAUAUAAGUGAUCAAAAUAGUAAUAAUAAGAACAGUGGAAAGUCUUGUCCUUAUCAUCAUAAUUAUUCUUUCCAUAAUAUUACUAGCGAUGAACAAAAUAACCCAUGUGAAAGUAAUCACACAUGUAUAAAAAAAAAAUGUACACAUCUUCAUAGUCAUAAAUAUAAUCUUAAGAACAACCAUUUGUGUAAUUACGAUCCAGAAAAAAAUAAUCUGAAAUAUGAAAAAAGGAAAAAGGAUGAUACGUAUAACCAAUUUUGUGAGAAAUAUCCAUGUAACAAACAAAAUAAUACAAUAAAUUGUAAUAAUACGAAUGAUUUAUAUAAUAUAUUAUUUGUGGAAAAUAAAAAAAAGAAAAAGAAAAUAAUAAUAAAUAAAAAUCAUAAAAAAAUAAAUAAACAAAAUAAAAAAAUAAAUAAACAAAAUAAAAAAACAAAAAAAAAGAACAAAAAAAGGAACAAAAAAAAGAACAAAAAAAAUAAUACAACGAAAAAUGCAACGAAAAAUAGAACAAAAAAUACAACGAAAAAUAUCAAAAAUCAUAAUAAUAAUGAUAAAUACACAGGACUAAUCGAAUUUAUUCCUAAAUUACCUGAAUGGAAAAUUAAUAGUAUAAAGAGAUUAGGUGUAACAAAAAAUAAUAAAAUCAUUGUAAAAUUAAAAGAACCUUUUUUUUAUUUCCAUCAAAAUGUUGUUCUAUAUUUUAAUAAUGAUAAAAUAACACAUGAUAAAAAAAAAAAAGGACACUUUAAAAAAACAAAACAAAAUAAAAGUUAUGAAUAUGACAAUAUAUUAGGUGAUACAUUAAAUGUUUCUAAAGAGGAUAAAUCAAGUAAACAUGAGGAUAACCCAUUCGAAUUUGUAAAAGCUGAGCAAAACAUAAAAACAAACAACCAAAUCAACGAAAAUAAUGUGAAUAAUAAUAAUAAUAAUAAUAAUGAUAAUAAUAGUAGUUGUAGUAGUAGUAUUUUUUGUUGUAAUAGUAGUAUUUUUUGUUGUAGUAGUAAGGGUGAUGAAAAGAAAAAUCAACGUAAAAAUAUAAAUAUGAAUGACAGUAAUAAUAAAGAUAUAGUAAUAAACAAUAAUAAUAACAACAAUCAUUAUAACAUACAUCCAUUCUUUUCAAUAAAUAAUCUAAACAAAAAGGAGGAAGAAACAUGUAUGAACGUGUCAAAUAAAAUAAAAGAUAAAUUAUAUGAUUACAAUGAAAAUAUAUACGAAGAAGAGAACAUAACGACAUCACCAAAAAGAAGCUCAUCGGGUAUAAUUAAAAAUGAUAUGGAAUUAACUCAUAAUACACAUAUUGGAGAUAUACCUAAUACUAAUAUAGGUAUACUGAAUUGUUUUCUUAAACAAAAUGAUGACAAUGAUAAAAAAAAGAAUGAUAAUAAGGAGAAAAAUAAUGAUAAUGAUGAAAAAAAGAAUGAUAAUAAUGAAAAAAAGAAUGAUAAUAAUGAUGAUAAUAAUGAUGAUAGUAAUAAUAAUAAUUAUAAUAAUAGUAAUAGUUACAACUCUAUUAAUCAUCUUACCUAUAAUUUUAACAUCCAAAAUGUACAAUCAUUCAGUAGUACUAAAACAAAUCAAACGACUGUCGUCACAAAUCAGAUGUGUGAUAUUAAUCAAGAAAACAUUAAAGAAAUAAAAAAAAAUAAUGUUAAUAAUGUUAUAAAAAAAAAUUUGAUGGUACCUUCAAAAAAAUGGAAAAAAGAAAUAACGUACAAUAAACAAAGUAAAUUAAUAACAUAUUUAAAGAAUGAAAAUUUAAUUAAUAAAGAUAAAAUUUUCCUUUCCUAUAAUAGUGACAUAACAAUAAAGAAUCCAUUUAGUCAUAUUAUAUUUUAUAGUUCCCAUCCUGUAAUAGCCUUAUAUUUAAAGAGUAAUAUAGUAAGUCGGAAAAAACGAAAAAUAAAUAACAAAAAAAAAAAAAAUAACAAAAAAAAAAAUAAUAAUAACAAAAAUAAUGAUAAUAAUAAUAAUAAUAAUAAUAAUGAUGGAGAUAAUAACUACACUAGUAAUAAUAUUACGCAUAACCAUUAUCCUUGUUUUAACCACUAUGGAGGUAAAAGAGAAUCCAUUAAAAAAAUGUGCAGACAUUUUUUAAAUGUAAUGCUUCCAGGUCUUAAAAUUGAAAAGAUACAUUUUUAUGAUUGGAAUAAUAAUUAUUUUUCUAGGGGAAACGUCUCAUAUUUAAAAAAGAAAAGCCUGAUAAUAGAUAAAGAUAUCUUGUCAUUCCCAAUAAAAAGAUUAUUAUUUGCUGGGGAACAUACUUAUCAUAGCGACUGCAAUUCGUUAGUUAAUUCUUAUCUGAGCGGUAAAAGGGAAGCCUAUAGAAUCAUUGAACGUCUUAAUAAGGUGAUAUAUAUGGAUAAAUUAACGAAAUGUUUUUACAACAACAAUAAUUAUAAUAUGAAUAAUGUGAAUAAUGUGAAUAAUAUGAAUAAUGUGAAUAAUGUGAAUAAUAUGAAUAAUGUGAAUAAUAUAAAUAAUGUGAAUAAUAUAAAUAAUAUUCAUAAUAUUAACAAUAUUCAUAAUAUUCACAAUAUUAAUAAUAAUGAUGAUGAUAAUGAUAUGAUGUCUUCUUUAUUAUGUAAAUACAAAGUAAAUAAUCUUAAAGAAACCAUCAUAAAUAACAUAUGUACGAAUUGCUUUAUAUAUAUUUAUGAUGAUGAAAUGGUUGGAUUAAAUAAAAAAGAAUAUGAUAUGUGGUUUAAUAAUAUAAGAUGCAUAUUUUGUAAUGAGACACAAACUAUAAAUAAAUAUUUUAUAGGAAUUAUAAAAUUAAAACAUCGUAAUGGUAAAAAUGUAAAAUAUACAUGUCAUAAAGAAUGUCUCUAUUUUAAUAAUUAUACUUUUAAUCAUAUAUAUGGUAAUAGAUAUUUUAAUUUAACCAUAUUAUUUAAUCAUCUUUAUCAUAAAAAAUGUUCCGUAUGCUUAUUUAAUUUCCCAUCUCUUAAAUGUAGUAUAUAUAAUUGUUAUAAUUUUAUACAUCUGAAUUGUGCUUAUAAUUAUUUAUCAUGGCCAAACUAUUCCAAAACCAGUAGACAUGAAAUCCUAUAUUGUUAUGAACACCAGUAUAUGCAUGGGACCUAUCAUAAUUAUAAUGAUAUAAAAAAUAUGAAUACUCAACAUAAUAUAAAAACAAAUAAACAAAUUCAUAAACAUAAUAGCAAAAACAAAAGAAAACAACAAAAUAUAAUAACUCUGAGUGAUUCAAUAUCGAAUAGUAAUAAAAGUAAUAAUAAUGAAAGGGAUUAUUAUAAUAAUAAUGAAAGGAAUUAUUAUAAUAAUAAUGAAAGGGAUUAUUAUAAUAAUAAUGAAAGGGAUUAUUAUAAUAAUAAUGAAAGGGAUUAUUAUAAUAAUAAUGAAAGGGAUUAUCAUAAUAAUAAUGAAAGGGAUUAUCAUAAUAAUAAUAAAAGUAAUUAUCAUAAUAAUAAUAAAAGUAAUUAUCAUAAUAAUAAUAAAAGUAAUUAUCAUAAUAAUAAUAAAAGUAAUUAUCAUAAUAAUAAUAAAAGUAAUUAUCAUAAUAGUAGUAUUGACUCCAUGACAGAUAUAUUUAUGGACACAAAGAUAAAAUGCGAUAAUCAAAUUCUCAAUCAUUUUGAUAAUAAAUAUUGUAAUAUGCUAAUGGACACUCAUGAUAUAAACAACAUAUAUAAAAUUAACAACAAAAAAAAUAAGAGAAAAAAAAAAAAAAAAGAAAAAAAAAAAGAAAAAGAAAGAAAAAAAAAGAAAAUUACAAAUUGGGAUAUAAUACAUAAUAAUAUAAUAAAUUAUAUUAUAAAUAAUAACCUUAGUGAUCAUAAUAAAAAAAAUAAUAUCAAGAAUAAUAACAUAAUUAAUAAUGUCAUCCAUAAUAAUUAUACGAUUAAACAAACACACAACCAUCUUAUCAACAACCAUCUUAUCAACAACCAUCUUAUCAACAACCAUCUUAUCAAAAAUCAUCUUAUCAAAAAUCAAUUUUAUUAUAAUAAUCAUAAUUCAAAUGACCUCUCCAUCGAAACAUUAAGCAAUAACAUACACGCAAAUAUUAGCACCCUCUUAAAGUAUUAUAAAAAUAAAAAUAAAGGAAAUAAUUAUGACCAAUUUUUUACACUCUUAAGAAAAAAUUAUCUUAAUUCUAUAAAUAAAAAUUUAUACAAGUAUAUGAUCAACAAAUAUAAAAACACAUAUCCUAUAUAUGAUUAUCACAAAGAUAUCUUAAACAAUUCUUCAUGUACAUCUAUAGGAAAUACACAUGAAAAAUAUUAUAUGCACAAAAUUAAUCAUAAAGAAAAAAAAAACAAAAAAAAAAAUGUUAUAUAUCCCACAUAUGAUAUAAAACAUAUACAUAAUACAAAUUGUAUCCCCCACACAAAAAAUAAUGCCUUAUUCAUACAUAACACAUCUAACAAACAAACCGCCCCUUAUGAAAAAAAAAAAUAUGUGCAUGCAACAGAUGUUAAACAAUAUCACCCUCUACAAAAUGUACGACAACAAAAAAAAUAUAUUAUGAAUGAUGAAAUAAGUAAAAAAUUGAAUUCUGAACGGAUAAAUGAUGACAAAAAUGUGGAGGUAUACGAUUUGACUGAUGAUAAGACAAAUGAUAUGAUAUGUGAUAUGAAAAGUGAUGUGAUAUGUGAUAUGAAAAGUGAUAUAAUAUGUGAUAUGAAAAGUGAUAUAAUAUGUGAUAUGAAAAGUGAUAUAAUAUGUGAUAUGAAAAGUGAUGUGAUAUGUGACAUAACAAAUGAUGUGAUAUGUGAUAUGACAAAUGAUAUAACAAACGAUAUGCCAUACGAUAGAAAGAAACAAAUAACAUAUGAUGAAAAACGUACAGAGAUAUAUAAAGAUAAACAUGUAGACGACUCUUCGUUAACUAAUAAAGAUAUUUUGUUAUUAAAAAGUUUAUAUGAAGAUAAAAAUAAAAAUAAAAAUAAAAAUACUCAUCAAAAUGAACUUAAUCAAAUGACCCAAGUAAAUAUAAAAAAUAAAUACGAUCCGCAUAUAUAUAAUAAGCAUAUUCAGAGAAACUUUAAUUCUUAUAAUCAAAAAGGAUUAAAUAUAAAUUUUGAUAAGGAUAUAAAAAAUAAACAUAAAAAUAUAAAUCAAUACAACAAUUUUAAUAAUAACAAUUCUUCUUAUGACCCUCUUAAAAAUAAUAACAUAAAUAAUACAUAUUAUAAUUCCCAAGAACAAAGAAAUCACCCUAUACAUAAAAAACACAUGUUAUAUGAUAAUGAUGGAAAGAAAUAUACACAUGCAUAUAAAAAUUCCUUAAUAUGUAGAGUAUUAUCUAAUUAUUCUAAGCAAAUAAGAAAAGAAAAAAACAGAUUAAUAUAUAACCAGUCUUCUUCAAUGAAGAGUACUAUACCUUUAGAAAGACGAAUGUCUAUAAAUAUGAAUAAUAGUAGUAACUCCAAAGCUUAUAAUAAUAACAUGAGAGAUACCAGCAGCAGCAAUACAAGCAUGAGCGAUACGAUUAGUAGUAAUACUAAUAGUAGUCAUACUAAUAGUAGCCAUACGACUAGUAGUAAUACGACGAGUAGCCAUACACAUAGUCGACACACACAUAGUCGCCGCACCCAUAGUAGCCAUACCACCAACAGCGAUACCAACAGUAGUAAUAAUAAUAAAAGCUCGUCUAACUCUGCAGACUUAUUCAGUUUUCAAAAAAAUAUUUGGUCUCCAUCCGUUUCUUCUAAAGACAAUUGUCAAUCCCAUUUAAAUAGAAAUAUUACUUAUGGCGUUAAUAAAAUAAAUGAGAAAAAAAAUAUAUACCCUCAAGAAUCCGUUUGCACCUCUGCAAAUAAUAUAACAUGUUUUAAUACAGAAAAUAUGCUUGCAGACAAAUAUUUAAAAAAUGAUAUAUUAAAUAAUAGGUAUAAUGAUAAUAUUCUUAAAAAUAUGAAAGAACAUCAAACAGAAUUAUCAUAUGAUGCAAAUAAAAGAAAUCAAAAAAAUAUACACACGAAAUACACAAAUGAUAAAUGUGACCAUAUAAACAUCAAUAAUAUGAAAAACAAUUUUAUGUCUUCUAGUAAUAUACCAUAUUAUAAAAAUACGAAAUUUUACUUUGAACCUAAAAAUCAUAUACAGCACAAUGUUUUACAAAAUCAUAAUAUGACAAACGAUAUGAACACACAGAAGAAUAAGAUACCUAAAGAACACAUUCCUAUGAAUAAACCAACCUAUCAACCAUAUAUAAAUAUAUUAAAUGAAAAACAAAACGAAACAAAUAGUAAUAAGGAUUUACUAAAUUAUAAUAAAAAUAAAUUAGAACUUUUGUAUAAUCUAUAUCUUCAACAUAAUAGAUUAAAGGAACAGUUACAUGCAGAUUCACAAAAACAAAAUGAACAUCAUUCUAUAGAAAAUGAUGUGUUAGAAAAUUAUUAUAAAAUAUUAUACCGUAAUGUACAAUCGGGUAAUAUGAGUGGAAGAGGCUUCUUUCCAAAACUUUCUUGUGAAAAGAAAAACAACAAUGAUGACGCUGAAGAAUAUUAUGAUAAUAAUUAUUAUGCUGAUGUGCAGAAAAAAUUAUUUUAUCCAAUACAAAAAAAUACAAACUUACACCCAGAAAGGAAAAUAAUAAAAAAAGGAGAAUCAUAUGAUAAUUACAACAACUCGGUAUUUUUAAAUUUUAACAAAUUAAAUAAAAAUAGCAACACAUUAAAAUAUAACAACAACAACAACAACAACAAUAAUAAUAAUAAUAAUAAUAAUAGUUGUUGUUGUUGUAGUAAUUAUUAUAAUCAUGUCAGUUAUCAUACCGAUCCAGAAAAUAAAAAACAUUUAAAUAAAAGUUCCUUUUUUUUUGUAGAUAAUAAGAAAAAUAUGAAUAAUAUAAAUAUGACAAGUGAUACAUUUACUAGAAAUAAUCAAGAUGAUAUAAUAAUAUACAAAGGAACUUGUGAUUUUUCUGUUAAUAAAAAAAAAAACGAUAAUAUAAAAGAAAUUAACAAACAGAAAGAUAUAAAUAAAGGUGAUAAUAAUAAUAAUAAUAAUGGCAAUAAUAAUAAUGGAAAUAAUAAUAAUUGCAAUAAUAAUAAUGGAAAUAAUAAUAAUUGCAAUAAUAAUAAUGGAAAUAAUAAUAAUGGAAAUAAUAAUAAUGGCAAUAAUAAUAAUAUAUGUAUAGGUACAUAUACUAAUAAUAUGAACAAACACAUGAUGAACAUGUUACAAAAUAUGGAAACAAAUCAAUGUACAAACAAAACGUAUGACCAAAAUGUACACAUAGAAAAAAAUUCAUAUCUCUCAAAAAAUAAGAAAAACAUAAAAAAUGAUGAGCAUGUGGAAAUUAUACAAAAAAACGAUGCAGGUAUAAAUAAAGGAACUGAAUAUAAUAAAAACCAAACUUCUCAUAAUAAUAACAUAUUAGGAAAUGAUAUUACAAAUGUCGAAAAAAAAAAAAAAGGAAAAAAAAAAAAGAGUCAAAUACAACAAGAAGAUAUGUUAAAAGAAAACUAUGAAAAUGGUCAUGUUAUUAAAGAACCUUAUGUAAAUCUUCUUAUAAAAUGUUUAAGUCAAAGUAAAAAUAAGGAUCAAUUCUUAUCUAUAUUGCUAAAUAUGAAAAAAGAAAAUAUGAAUGUAAAUAUAAAUAAAGAUGACAAUACAUAUGAUGGUCCUAUAAAUAAAGAUAACAAUACAUAUGAUGGUCCUAUAAAUAAAGAUAACAAUACAUAUGAUGGUCCUAUAAAUAAAGAUAACAAUACAUAUGAUGGUCCUAUAAAUAAAGAUAACAAUACAUAUGAUGGUCCUAUAAAUAAAGAUAACAAUACAUAUUAUGGUCCUAUAAAUAAAGAUAACAAUACAUAUUAUGGUCCUAUAAAUAAAGAUAACAAUACAUAUGAUGGUCCUAUAAAUAAAGAUAACAAUACAUAUGAUGGUCCUAUAAAUAACAAGACAUUUCAUAAUACUAAUCAAAAUUGUAUAGACAUCAAUUCUAAUAAAGAAAGUAAUUCAUUUAUUAAUACACCUUCAAACAGUUUUGAAAAAAAAAGAAAAAGAAAAUUAGAUCAAUCUGUAGAAAAUACAAAAAACGAUAUGAACUCAAAUCCAUCAGAUUUAAAAUAUAACUUAAGGAAAAAACAAAAAAAUUACAAUUUUUUAAUAAACGAGAAAAAAAUGAAAGAUAUACAAAAUAUAAAUGAAUCCGAUAAUGUAAAAAACAAAUUAACUUUAACAAGUAAACUUAAUUUGGAUAUCAGUGAAAAUCUUUUUAAUAAUAAUUCGGAUAGGACAAAUAUCAAAGAUACUUCAAAAAAAAAAGAAAAUAAACAUGAAAAUAUAAAAAAGGUUGAAGAAAAAAGUAUAAAUAAUGUUAAAGAUAAUGAUACAAUAAAUAAUCAUAAACUUGAUAAAAAUAUAAAUAAUAUAUUACAAGAAGACAAAAAUAAAAUUGAUGAAAACAACAACAACAAUAAUAAUAAUAAAAAAAGAAGAAGAAGAAAAAGAAGAAUAGAAAAAAAAAGUGAUAUUGAUAAAACACAAAUAAAAUUAAUAAAUGAUACUAUUCUUGAGAAUUAUGAAAAGAACAAACAUAUCUUUAUGCCACAUAAUUAUUCACCAUCAAAUUCUUUUGAAAAUAAACAAAAUUCAAGUGUUUUAAGCUAUUUUCUUAACAAAGGAAAAAUAAAUGAUAAUAUCAUAGCUAAUCAAAAUAAAAAUAGUAAUAUAUUAAAAGGUUCAGAUUUACAAAAACAAAUAGACACACAUAAAAACAAUGACAUUCUACAGAAUUUACAAGAAACAUUAAAAAAAGGAAUUAUGGCUAUACAAAAAAAGGAAAACAAAACAUAUAGUCAUACGGGCAUCUCAAGUGACAUGUACACAAAAUUGAUUUGUUCACAAUCUAUGAAUUCUCCUAUAUAUCCAGAUGUAUCCAUAGAAGCAUGUCCUACAAAAAUUAUAAAAAGUUAUAGUACUUCAAAUGUAAUAAUAGGAGAUAAAAAAAGCGACAAACAAAAUGAUAAUAAUGAGGGUAAUAAUAAUGAGGGUAAUAAUAAUGACCAUAUUAAUAACAAUAAUAAUGAUAAUAAUAAUGACCAUAUUAAUAACAACAAUAAUGAUAACAAUAAUGAUAAUAAUAAUAAUAAUUAUUAUAAUAAUAUUCAUAAAUAUCAGAAAAUAUUCAAAAUAUUAGCAGAUAAUAAAAAUAUUUGGGAAAAAAUUAAUUUGAACAAAAACCAAAAUAAUGUGUUAUUACCUACACAAGAGACACAAACAAAUAUGAAUAAUCAGUAUAACAUUUUAUUAAACCAACAAAAUAAUAAAACUUUUGAUGAUAAUUUAUUAGAUAUAUAUAAGCGAUUUAAGAAAGCAGCAGAAAUAUCAAAAAUAGUAAACAUCAAAGAUAAUAAAGAUGAUCAUAAUAAUAAGAAUUGUGCUACUUCAGAAAUGACAAAAACAUUUAAUUUAGACCUUCUAAAUACUACAUCUUCUAAUCAAAAGAAUGAAAUACAACAUAUAAAUAAUAAAGGUGAUAAACACAUUACAAAUGUUUUUAUGAGGAAAACAAAAAGUAAUAACAAUAUAAAUAUGGAAAAUGCGGACAUGUUAUUAAUUGAUGAGGAAACAAUUAAUAAUAAUAACAACAACAACAACAACAAUAAUAAUAAUAAUAAUAAUAAUAAUAAUAAUAACAAUAAUAAUAAUAAUAAUGUUGAUGAAAUGGAUAAUACUAUAGGAUUGGUAAAAAUGAAUAAUGAUAUAAUUACAUUAAAUAUGAAAACUCAAAUAAAUAAUCUUAUAAAUAAUAAUAAUGAGAUAUAUACAAAUAAAGGUAAAUGUAAAAAAUAUAUAAAAAAUAAUAUGAGUAAUUGUAAUAUGCUUGGUAAUAAUAAGAAGAAUAAUAUUAAUGAAGCUCCUAUUAAUCAAAAUGAUUUAUGUCUCAUUAAUAUUGAUGACUAUAAUGUUAGGGACAAUAUUGUUGCUACUAAAAAUAAUAAUAAUAAUAAUAAUAAUAAUAAUAAUGAUUCUGUCAAAUUAACUUGCCAAGACGAAGAAAAAUAUAAAUAUCCCAUUAAAACAAAAGAGUAUGGAAAAUACAAUAAUAACAACGAUAUCAUCGAAUCUAAUCUUACUCAAAAUAAUUUAAUAAAUAAUGUGCACAAUGAUAUCCAAUAUAAUAUAACAGAAAAUUCUUUAGCUCAAAAUCAGGAGUAUAAUAACUUAUCAAUACACGCAAAAAAGAGAGAAAAAAAAGACAAUAAUAAUUAA